AUUAACAAAAGCACACAAACCCAAGACCUGAGCUACGGUUAGGACCAUGCCCAAAGAAGCCACAGAGAAGACACAUCCGGCACCUGCAUGGCUGACCCAGGACUACGUGCAGAAGAAGUUGCGGAUCUUCUUCAAAGAUGACACUCUCAAAUUGGAAAAGCUGAUCAUCAAGCCAGCCAUUGCGAAUGGCGAGAACUUUGGCAGUGUGAUGACUCGUAUCAAUUUGGAAUAUACAACGAAACCCUCCAAGGGCACACAGACCACUACGUUUUUGGUGAAGACUACUUUUACGAGCAAGGAUCCGGCUGCUGAUGUGCUCUUCCCUUAUGGCGUUUACGUCAGGGAAAUGGAUAUGUAUGAGAACAUCCUGCCUCAGUUGGCGGAGAUAGCCAGACAGGAGCUCAAGGAUCAGCGGAAACUGUUUGCGGCCACCGUCAACGUGGAUCGCGAUAGGGGCUCCAUCAUCUUUGAGGACAUGUCGCUGGGGCAGUACAAGGUUGCCGAUCGGCUUAAGAAACUGGAUCUGGAGCAUACGCAUCUGGUGCUGGAGAAAAUGGCCACCUUUCAUGCCACAGCUGCAGCUCUAAGCGAACGGAAGCCAGGCAUUUUUGCCAAGGAUUACGAUCGGGGAUUCUUUAAUAAACAUACCCGUGCCUACCAGCCGAUCAUGAGGAAUCUUCUCAAGGCCCUAUCUCGCUCGUUAAAGCUGGACAAGGAACUACAGCAACGCUACCAGUCGAAGAUCGAUCAUCUCGUGGAUAAUAUCAUGGACUAUGGCGAACGAUCCACAACCAUAAGACCCGGGGACUUUGUGACUUUGGCCCAUGGGGAUCCCUGGACUACAAACUUCAUGUUCCAAUAUGACGCAAAGGGACAUCCCAGCAACAUGAUCUUCAUAGACUUUCAGUUUAGUGUUUGGAAUUCUCCGGCCAUCGAUCUGCAUUACUUCUUCUCCACAUCGGUGCACGAUGAUCUUCGGCUGCACCAUCAGACGAAGCUGGUGCAGUUCUACUACUAUAAGCUGGUGGCGGGCCUAAAAAAGGUCAAUUAUGGCGGCAAGGUCCCAACUUUGUUUGACUUUCAACUGCAGUUCAAGGCAAGAGCCUUCUACGCUGUUUUCUGUUCCCUACUCUUCGAGCCUGUGAUGCUCUAUGAGGGCAAGGAGGAGUCAUCCAUGGAACAGGUUCUGUCAGAGUCCGAAGGCGCCAUACGGUAUAAAGAUAGUAUCUUUCAGGUGGAGUCCGUCAGAAGGAAAUUGCAUCUAACACUUCCGUUUCUGGAUCAGCAGGGAUUGCUGGACGAAAUGUGAUUUACUUAACAAUAACAAUAAAAUUGCAAUUUCACCAUUAG